AUGAGGAGGCCUAGUCGCCUUCAAGCUUCUUUCUCGUCAUCUAUUAAUCUCCGGCAGCAAGAAUGGCCUCGAUACCGGCUGGGAAUCCUAUUGUCGAGCAAUCAGAGCCCGAUGUCCGUCAAGGGAUGGAGGUUAGCUAACUAUGCAGAUAUGAAAGAUUAUGGGUUUGAGUACUCAGACGAGGAGCCUGAGGAACAAGAUGUUGAUAUCGAGAACCAGUACUAUAAUUCCAAAUGCGAAUCACCUUCCUAUGCUGCUUUAGAGGAACGACUUGUGAAGGGACAUGGGGAAGCACUGAAGGUGCUUAGCGCACUAGAAGCAGUAACUGGAAAACUUCUGAAGUUCUUGGUUGACCAGAGUGUCAUCCCCAUGUUUGAGAAAAUAGUGACACUAACCAUGCAAGUGCCACUCUUGUAUCCGGGCGAUAUCAUUGGAGUUAACGAGACGCAUAUUGCCUACAUUCGCCGUGUCAGCGGAUCAGUUCUCACAAUUCAAGAGAGUAAAGGUUUCUUGAUUAGAUCAUAG